GAAGAGGGGUAGAGGAGGAGGACCAGGAAGAGGAGGAGAAGGAAAAAGAGGAAGUUCGCUAGUCCACCGCUCGCUCUAUGCGCGAGCCCCCGCGAGCAUCGCCCCCCAGCAUCCCACAGGAUUUCUCAUUCCCAAACUUUGACCAGAUGGAGGAAGAAGCUGGGAGGAAAAGGAAGAUGCUACAGGACACCCAGGUAGGUAAUGAACUGAGGGCAGAGACCAUGGAGGACAAAUCUGCCUGGCAGAACCUCGUGGAAGAGGCUGUUUUGAAUGGCUCCACUGUGCAGGAAGCCACUGGGGAGGAAAAGCCACAAACAUUCCCCACAGGAAGCAGCUCCAAACCUAGCACACAGUGCUCUGAGGAGGAAAGACCCACCCUUUGCCAGGAAGGCGGCCAGAGCUUCAGCCAGAGCUCUGACCUGGCGGUUCACCAGCGGCUUCGUGCAGCGGAGAAACCCUACAAGUGCUUGGAAUGCGGGAAGAGCUUCAGCCAGAGCUUCCACCUGAUUCGCCACCAGAGCAUCCACACCGGGGAAGGGCCCUAUAAGUGUCGUGAAUGUGGGAAGAGCUUCAGUGAUGGCUUCACCUUUGCCGCCCACCACCGGGUGCACACAGGGGAACGGCCUUACAAGUGCUUUGAAUGUGCGAAGAGCUUCAGCCAGAGCUCCAACCUCAUCACCCACCAGCGCCUGCACACCGGGGAACGACCCUACAGGUGUCCUGACUGUGGGAAGAGCUUCGUCCGCAGCGCUGACCUUGUAAUCCAUCAUCGUAUCCACACUGGGGAGAAGCCCUACGAGUGUCCCGAGUGUGGGAAGAGGUUUCGGAGCAGCUCAAUUGCCAACAGGCAUCAGAGGACGCACACAGAGGAAAGGCCCUAUGAGUGUCCUGAGUGUGGGAAGAGGUUUCAGAACAGUUCUCAUCUCAUCAGGCAUCAAUGGACACACACAGGGGAGAGGCCCUACAAGUGUCCCCAGUGUGGGAAGAGCUUCAACCAGAGCUUUACCUUGAUCAGACACCAACAGACUCAUCGGGAAGGGAAGCCCUAUAAAUGCCGCAACUUCAGGACUUUGUCCACUGCUCCAACUUCAUCACCCAUCAGAGAACCGACCUUGGAUUAUCCACAGUAACCCAUGUUGGGUAGAGACCUGGUGAUCGCCAAUCCAGGUUAUCCAUGUUGGGCAGUGUAUUGGGUUUGUGUGGACAGGUCUUGGGCUCAGGGGGCUACAAGGGUGACUUCUGUGAGAAGCUGCCAGAAGCUUCCCCCAUGUCUGUCUGAUUUGCAUCUGUACAAUGUUUAUAAAGAAGCAAUGAACCAUGUUUAAAAAUUCCCUUGGCAAGGGAUGGAGAAGUUAACCUGUUAUAGUUUAACACAUCAAAUUCUACUUUGUAGCACAAAAACACUGCAUAAGCAAAAUAAAGAGCAAGAUGUGCUAGGAACAGUGGGCUAGAACAGGGGGCUGUGGAAAGGGCCUGGAGAAAAAAAAAACAUUUCUUCUCAUGUGCAGCAUUAAAGUUCCAGUCUCAUCAGAUUAGAGCGCAAGUUUGAAAUGUUAGGGUGACGCUUUAUGCUUGUAAUUUAAGUAGCCUUUUUCCAAUAGGAAAAGGCUGGAAAAUAUUCUACGGACUACUGUAAUUUCAACAUACAAUAAAUGAGUUAUGGAGGGACAUAUUUAGCUUAGAAAAACCCUGGGGAGUAAAGGUUUUCAUUUUCAACAGCAAAUGACUUCUGCUUCUUCUGAAAGUGCAUCUGAUUUUGUUAUUUUUUUUUCCAUGAAGUGAAGAAGUUAGUCCUGUAACCCAGCUAUACUUACAUUUAUUUCUAGUGACCAUGUCAUAAAUCUAAUCUGGAUUAAUAACCUAAAGGAAAAAUAUACAUCUAGAUCUAUAUCCAUCUCAGUUCUUCUAAGGCCAUAAUUACAGACAGGAAAGCUCUAUGUUGGUAUUUAGAGAGGUGAUGAGUUUUCUAAGAAAUGGUAGCUUACAGUUUUGGUACCUAGUUCACUGAGCAAGUGCCUCACAUUAGCAAAGCUCAAAUCAGAGAAUGGACUAUAUCCACUUCUUUUGAGGGACUCAUGCCAUAAAGGACUACAAAUACAGAUUUUAUCACACUUCACCACCUGUAUAUAAUUAAGAAGUGUAUUUUGGACUGGUUUAAAAUCUUAGAUUGAGUGGGUUAAAAAAAAAAAAGAACAGGUUUUACUGGGUAUAAAUGGGUGUAUACACUUUCCAAAUUACAGUGCGUUGUAGUGUAGCCAUUUAUAGCCAGGCUACCUUUGCAGCUAGUUACACUGCCACACUUGCUUAAAAAAAAAAACCCCAAACAAGCACAUAACCUACAAGAGAACUUCUGAAUCUCUACAGUUACAGAUCAUAGUUUCCAGUCAUAAGAUUUGAGCAGAAGCCUACAAGACUAGAUGUGAGAUUCCUCCCCGCCCUUGGUAUUAAUCAGUUUGAGAUUAAUUAGCAGCUCAAGCAGUAGUCUCUCCUUCAAUUAUGCUCUCCCUUUUCCAGAAACUAUAGAGUUGUAUUAAAAUUAGGUUGAACAAAGUAUAUUAUGACCUGAAAUAAGGGCUCAUUCCCACUGGAACAGAAUACAGUUGCUUAUUGUACGAGCUUUGUACCCAAGUUCUGUAUUUUCUCCUCUUCUCUUUAAAAUAAUUUUAGUUGUAAUUUAGCAAAGUACUAUUAUAUAACCAAACUAUAAAUAUUUAAGUAU